AGGCAGACGCGAUGGAGCUGAGCCGGAUUCUCGGGGACUCCGUCACUUUCCCUCUGGGGAUCCCAGCACAGCAAGUUAAAUCUGCUUUCUGGACAGUAAACACAACGAAGAGUUUAGUAACUGUAGCAGCAGGAAACCCCCCCACAGUCAUUGUGGGGGAGACAUCCUACGAGGGACGCCUGAGAGUCCCUGAGAGCAACUUGCUUCAGAUCACCAGCCUGAGGAUGGAGGACACGGGCACCUACAGCGCUAAAAUCAUCACAGCUACAGACCCCAUCUUCAGACACUUCCCGCUGCGCGUGUACAAGCGAGUACCGAAGCCAACUGUCCUCUGUGACCCAGUGACCUGUGUGAAUGAAACCUGUAACUACAACCUGCGCUGCACCGUCAGGGAUGGAGGGGAGCAUGUGACCUACAACUGGACUCACACAGCAGAGGGCGCUGUUGUAGCCAAUAAGUCCAUUCUGCACAUCUCUCUGAGCCCCCGUGAUGCUCACCUGGCCGUCACCUGCACAGCCCAGAACCCCGCCAGUAACAGCUCCACAAUGGCCUCUGCAAAGGACCUUUGUGCAGCACCCACAACAACCACCACUACUGAAAAACCACCUGCGUCCCAAUCUGCCAGUACGACUGGAAUUGCAGUUCCAAUUGUUAUUGUCAUCGUCGGCCUUCUCAGCAUUGCUCUGUGGUUCGUGUACACACACAAGCGCAAAAGAGCCUCGCAAAAGUCUCGCAAAAGCACUUCAGGACCUGCUAGCAGCGCAGGCACCUACGCAUGAAAAUACCUUUUACUCUCCACUUCCGGGAAGGACAAAGAUGCGGCCGUGAGGAUGGGACGGUAAAACAACAAGUAGCUCAGAGAAAGUGAAGGAGCGUGGGAGAGAUUUCCGGGUUAAAGGGAAGACAAAUAGAAAGGUGGAAUGGACACUUACAGGAAUAUGGAAAGGUUCCGGCUUAAGUGAAACAAAGGAACUUUUGGAAGCAUGGGACUUGUAACUUUGAACAGUAUUUUAGUGCAAAUGCAGCUGAAAGCAACAGCGAAAGAUCCCACAAGAGCUAAGAAAAUAGAAGAAUGACAUUGACAAGUUUAAAGACUGAUGCAGACGCUGGGGGAGAUGGCACAUAAGGAGGAAGGCACUGCUUCAUAAGCAGUGUCUCACUCCAGGAGGGUAUCUGUAUUCAGGAGAACAUUGAAGCACUUGCGUAGCCCCAGUGCAGUUUAUGGGACUUAAAGCUCGCUUUGAUGGGCAGUGUUACCUAGUGGACAGUACCCAGACUAGGACUCAGGAGACAAGGGUUCUAGUAUCGGCUCUUCCACUAGCCUGCUGGGUGACCAUGGAGGAAUCAGUUUCCCUGCUCAGUGCCUGUUUCUCCUUACAUAAAAUGGGGAUAACGACCUCCUUUGUAAAGCGCUUUGAGAUUGACUGAUGAAAAGCUCUAGACAAGGGGUAGAUAUUAAUUACUAUGAAAGCUAACCAUGUGUCUAAGUGCUUCCCUGAAUCGGAAAGACUAACCUCUCAAGCUGCAAAGUAUAAAUGUCCUUCUAAGAAACCAAACGGAAGGAGAAAAGAUGCCGGGAUUGUCGCCACUCAACAAAUGCUUCCCAUUCCCUGGACUUUGAUAACUCAUUUUGGAGUUGUCGUCAUCAACACAACAUGCAAGCUAGAGGAGAAUUAGCCCGAGGGAUUGUGCAGACUGGACAUGUUACAAAAUGAGCCAUUGUGUUCUAUUCAUCUUUCUCCCAUGGAGACUUCAUAUUUGUUCUCUCUUUGUUGUUUUUCCUUAAUUUGAAAUAAAGGCUACAUGCAUGGAGAAGUACCUGGUUUGCUCUUUGUGGUUGGAGAUGUCUUAACGUGGAUAUCCAAGCCCUCAACGGCAGCGGUGGGCGGGAUCUGGCAGAUCCCUGAUACCUCUGCUACUUUGGUUUAGUUUUAAGGCUGUGUGGUUUUAAGCUUAGUUUUAAGUUUUAGUGGUUGUA